AUGCCGACUAACCAGAGUAUGAACCGUUUCCUCAUCGUUUUCUUCCUUCUUUCAACCGCAACAGCAGCAAGAAACUGGACUAACCGAACCCACGGAGUCAACCAGAGGUUUCAACACGCGUACUACUCUUACCCUCACCGUUCAUGUGAAUCUUUCUCUCGUCCCUACGCACGCUCAAUGUGCAUUGAGCUCGAAAGAAUCCACAGAAGCAGUCGACAACCUCUUUUCUCUCCUCCUCCGCCUCCUUCUCUACCGGAGAUUGACGAAAGAUACGGCGUCGACAAAAGACUCGUCCCUUCCGGUCCAAACCCACUUCACAACUGA